AUGGAGCACGAGCAUGCGGCAAGUUUGACAGCACGUGCCGUUAAAAAGGCGGUUCCAGAUCGUGCAAUAUUGACGAGAGAUGCGCGAAAGACAAUCAAUUCGGCUGCUAGUGUGUUUACGCUGUAUUUGGCGUCGAUCGCACACGAGACGUCGGUAGCUAACAAGCGUAGUACGAUCACAUUGAAUGAUGUGCUACAGACGCUACGGGAUGCAGAUUUUGAGCACUUUAUUGAGCCAAUUGAGGCAUGUCUGCAAGAGGCAAAGGCUGAGACAACGAGAAAGAAGAAUCAGAAGGUGAUAGCUGAGGAGGAGGAAGGAGCUGAGACAACGGGUGAAGUUGCAGAGCAACUUGAUGAAGUGGCUAUUGACACAAACGAGGAGGACGCUGAUGAAGAUGAAGACAUGAUGUCAGCGGACGAGCCAUUGGACGCUGAUGGAGAUGAGAAUACAGAGGUAAAGAGGAUGGAAGAUGAUGGCUCGGCGGAAGUAAUGGAGUCAUCAUAA